UCUCUAUACCUAUUGAGGUUGUGUAUCACUGUUUUAUUUUUGACUCCGUACAUUUUAAGUUAUUUCGUGUAUAGCGUGACGUAGGAGCACCGGGCGUGGUAGAUGGUAAGCUGAUGGGAGUGGUAAGCUUCGGCUCCCCUACUUGUGGGACUCCGGAUGCCCCCACCGUGUUCACCAAAUUAGGAUACUACACCGACUGGAUAGAAGACGUUAUGGAGAAGCCCGUUCCUGUUUCGUUGAAGCGAACAACAAAGAAACCAUUAUUCGAUGUUUUUAAUGUUAUACCUAUGGAAGGACCUACGACGACCACAUUCAAAAUACCGCCUCUCACAGGAAAUAAGUUAGACCCUAUAUCAAUUCACGACAUCGACAAAACAUUGAGACAUAUAGACGAAAACCUGUUUAAAGAAUUUGUGUCUACAAUGUUCACCAGCAGUGAAAUCGAUAAAUACCUACAAAUUAUUAGACAAAAACAGAAACUAACAGGCAAUGUUGAAAACAAAACAGCGAUAGUUAACGUUAGUAGUGAUUCUUCUAUUGAUAAAAGUGAUGAAGUAUCUGUAACCAAAUCUCCAGAUUUUGACGAAGCUGUAGUUAAAGCAGAAGAUAUUGAGAUACAAGGGACGGAAUCUGACAAUGACGAUGAGCGAAAUUCUCAAGUACAAUCACAAGAAUAUCAGAGGAGCGAAGAAAAUCAAGCAAUGACAGACGAAUCCAAAGUAGAAAGUGAUAUAAUUCAAUUCAUGAAAAAUAUAGAUUUGAAAAAAAUUAUUCAAGAAGAAGUAAUGGAAUCGCCAAAAGCGGGAGAUGAGGAAAAUAAUGAAUCCUUUUUAAAAUUAGCAUACCUGAAUGAUACUGAUAAAACAGGACACGGUUAUAACCUAGACGAUAAUGAUGGAUUAAGCCUUGUAGGAGAUAAUGGAUUCGAAGAUAUGACAAGGUCAAAACUCAAGAGCCCUAAGAGGGUUUUGCCUGAAAAAGAAGUUUAUGGUUUACUGUCCGAUGUUAUUGAAGAGGAAGUACAAAAUAAAUUAGUAAAGGGUUUUAAAUACUUUUGA